UCGUACGUUUCUGACACAAUCCCGGACACAACUGCUCCAUAUCAUUGCGUUCCACGGUCUCCUACUCCCUCACGCCUUGUUCUCGGUAUGGCGGACGGAGAGAGGUCCCCGUUACUAGCAGACCUUGGAGAUGGUGUUCUUGGUGGCGGUAAUGGCGGAGUGUCACCUGGUUCGGCUCCCUAUGGUUUACCAAAUAAACCAGAAAGCUUUCCUUCCUUCCCCAGUCCCACCCAGCCCUCGGUGCUGCUAGGGGAGGACCCUCCCCCGUACUCCCCCCUCACCUCCCCAGAGAGUGGCAGUGCUCCAGUCAUCAGCUGUAGGGUGUGUCAGAGCCUCAUCAGCGUGGAAGGGAAGAUCCACCAGCAUGUGGUCAAAUGUGGAGUCUGUAAUGAGGCUACGCCCAUUAAGAAUGCACCUGCCGGGAAGAAGUACGUUCGCUGCCCCUGUAACUGUCUGCUCAUCUGCAAAGUCACCUCCCAGAGGAUUGCUUGUCCACGGCCCUACUGUAAGAGGAUAAUUAACCUGGGUCCAGUCCACCCUGGUCCAGCCAGCCCUGACCCCCAGCCGGCUGGAGCUCGGGUCUCCUGUGGACACUGCAGCAACACCUUCCUGUGGACAGAGUUUACUGACAGGACACUUGCCAGGUGCCCACACUGCAGGAAAGUCUCCUCUAUUGGACAGCGGUACCCUCGAAGGCGGAGCUUGUGGUGCUUUCUACUGUGUUUGCUUUUCAGCAUCUCCACUGCUGGGCUGGUGGCUGGCACAUGGGUGAAGGCCCAGGACUACGGGGGAAUCUAUGCCUCCUGGGCUGUCCUGAUCCUGCUGGUAUUCGUGACACUGGGCCGGGCUCUAUACUGGGCCUGCAUGCGUGUUAGCGAGCCACUGCAGAACUUCACAUAGACGGAUCCGCACACAUCAGUGGGGUGAAGUUGCCCCUAGAGGCUGAUCUUGGGUCAGUUUUGCAGUUCCCUCGCUAAUGGUUAAGGUUAGGAAUGGGGGGAUCGAAGCUGAUCCUAGAUCUGUACCUAGGGGGCUUCACAACAGAGCCAGAGGAAACCCAGCAGGGGCUGAGGAGAGAUGGGAGCUUUUAAAAUAAUAUUUAUUUAAAUCAAACCAACAAGAAGUUCUCCUCCUUUAGUAUGUUGUUCAAUUUAUUUCUAAAUGGGGUGAUAAUGAAGUACUUCCAGUGGAGCAGUAGCUUGACUGAUACAUUACUAGUAAUGAUGAUAUAUUAUAAUCCUAUGGCCAGUAAUGGGUUUAGUUUGUUUUAACAUGUUCUGCUACUUCCCUGUUUUAAUCAUUGCUCAGGCCAGAACAUAACAUGGCUUGGCUCAGUUGAGCAAAGUCUUAAAUGAUGAAUUAGCACUCGGAUAAGACUGCAAGUUGGUAACCCUAAUUUUAUGUCGUUUUUGGGCAUUUGACGAGAUUGGUUAAUUUGUUUUUGGUAAACCCUCAAAGCAAUUUUAGAAAGAGCUGAAACUCUAAAAUAAGUCCAGUGAAAGAUGAACACACCCUACAUUCCACGCCUUCCCUGUCCUCCUACAAUUUCUACAGUGCUUAGGCUGUGGCACUGUUUGUCUGAUCCAAAGUAGCUUGGAUGCCUUAAGCUUUGUUAUACAUCAAUACAUUAUUUUAAACUGUGAUUUUUUUUCAGAGAGUAUGCAGUCCUGAACCAAUGUUUCUAAUUGCGAGUCAAUCAUACAGUCAUAAGUCAAAGAAAUGCGAUGAUGGGUUGCCUUCUCUCCUGAUAGGUGUUUUGAGCUUUGUUUUCAUCCAGCGGGGGACAGAUCUUUGAUCAAAACAUACUCAAAACGUACAUCCCUGUGUGCUAGUUUAUAGAAAGAAAAUCUAAGGUAUCUGUGUUUCCCUCCCAUUGUCAACUCUUAUCAAUAGCUUUCGUCACAAAAAUUAAAUGUUGUGUUAAAUAGCAAAUCUGUGCAAUCUGACCAACAGCACGCAAACAGGGCUUGUAGGCUUCCCUGGACUACAUGAUGAGAAUUUUGUGGAUAAACAAAGCUAUUUUUGUCAAAUCAUGUCACCAGAAUACGCCUAAUAAUCUUUUAAGAACAUCAAGAUGAUCCACAUGCACUUUACUGUGAAGUUCAUAACUUAUUUCAUCGGUAAUGUAGUCAAGUGCAUGCUAUCCCAAGACUUAGCGGAAGGGCCACAGAACAUAAUCGUCCUGUGACGCCAAGUUAACACUCAAUAUUUGCGCGUUAAAUAAUUUGACUGCAGUUUCUCACAAUUUUAGGGACCCAAGAAAGAUCACACCAUUUCUAACAAAGAAAUGUGUGUGAGUGUUAAUAUUUUACCUGUCCUGUUGCCAUCACACCAGUAUUUUUUUCUUUUCUUUCAGUAACUUAAUAUCAAUUAUUUUAAUGUGACAUUUGUUUUAUAUUGGGUGAUUAUAUUUUUUUAAUUAUAAGACUGAAAUAUGUUGCUUGCAUCUCAACACACUGUUUGGCUCAGGUACCUUUCACUAUCGUGGGCUGCAAUUUUAAAAUGGGGACAGAUUCUUGAUAGAGAUCUGGGCUUUUACUCUACCAUUUUAGGGCAUUUAACCUUUUGUUCUUCAGCUGCUGCAAUGUUGCUUUGGCUUUGUACUUGGGAUCAUUGUCUUGCUGAAAGUUGAAUUUCCUUCAAGUUCUUAAAGUAUUUCCCUGUAUUUUGAUCCAUUCAUUCUUCCUUCAAUUUUCACAAGAUGCCCAGUCCCUGCUGAUGAGAAAUGUCCCGACAGCUUAAAGCUGCAAUCAGACUUUACUGUAGCUCUAUCUUCAAAUUUUCUGACCACGAAACCUUUUCCCACAUCCCAGCUUGGGGACUUUCAAGCGAUGGGGCUUUUUGAGUAACUGCUUCUUGGCAUCCUGCAAUACACCCUUUAUGUAGAGCUCUUCAUAUGGUUGGCCAGUGCACUGCUCCAAGCUGUUAAACUCUGGAGCUCCUUCAAAGUGAUUGUUGUGUUCCUGUGACUUCUUACAUGUUUCUUGUUUGAGUGCUGUUUUAAGGAACAGACUUCUCUUGGCAGUGACUUGGUGGUGUGAUGCAGCUUCCAUUCCUUGGUUAUUGAUCCCACUGCUUACUGGCAUAUCCAAAUACUUGGAUAUUAUUUUGUACCCUCUUACUAGUCUGCUUCACGUGAGCUGCUUCACUUGACAGCCUGACCAAAGAUCUUUCAGCAGUGGGUUGAAUACUUAUUUCAGUUUUUAUUGAAAAAAAUAUUUUCUAACAAAACCUUUGUCACUUUAAAAUAAUUGAUUUUGUGUGGCAAAAUAUAUAUUUAUUCCUACAGUCCCAGUCGAAAGUUUGGAUACUCAUUCAGGAGUAUUUCUUUAUUUUUAAUAUUAUUCCCAUUGCUAAAAUUAUAGGUAAGAAACUAUGAAAUAACACAAUUUGUAGUAACCAAAACACCCAAAAAAACUCAUGGCAUUCUCUCAAACAGCUUGCUUCAUGAAUUUGUCACCUGGAAUGCUUUACCAAGACUCUUGAAAGAGUUCCCACGUAUGCUGAGCACUUGGUUUGUUGAAAAACAAAUUAGUCCCAAUGCAGAUAAGAUGGGAUGGCAUAUCACUGCAGAAUGGGGUGGUAGCCAUGUUGAUUGUGUGUGCCUUGAAUUCUAAGUAAAUCACAGCGACUGCACUUGAAUUAACUUUCAGAGUUCUUGACAUUUUCCGUAUUGACUGACCUUUGUCUUAAUGAUGGACUGUCUGUUCUCUUUGCGUAUUUGAGCUCUUCUUGCCAUAAUAUGGACUUCUACAAUACAGACAUAAUGAUGAUAUUCUGUAUAUCAACCCCACAUUGUCAGAACACAACUGGCUGAAAUGCAUUAGGAAGGAAAGAUAUUGCACAAAUGAACUUCUAACAAGGCACACCUGUUAAUAGAAAUGCGUUGCUGUUGACUGCCUCAUGAAGCUGGUUGGGAGAAUGCAAAGGGUGGCUACUUUGAAGUAUCUACAAUAUGUGUUUUGAUCAAAAACUGUUGGUUACUACAUGAUUGCAUGUUAUUUCAUACUUCAUGUCUCCACUGUUAUUCUACAAACAGGAAAAUAAUAUAAAUGAAUACAUUUUUAGUAGGUGUUCACACAUGACUUCACUUGUAUAAAAACUCUGGAUGGAAACUUGUUGUCCCAAUUUAGUUUUCCGAAAAUGCCAGCAAUGUUUGAUUGUCUUACCCGCCUUCAUUGCUCAGCCUUAGCCACAGAGAAGGGGUAUGAUUUCACUAAGUAGAUUUGAAAGCCUCAUCGUUGUCUGACUAGUCUGCUGCGCGCCCAUUCCUCCCCCAAACAUGCCAACAAAAGGCCAUUGUGAGAACUGCUUAAGUGUGGGUGACAGGUAGCAGGCAGACUAACUCAUAUACAGGAACUUGUUACUGGGGAACUCCUGAUCAUAUUUUUAUUAUGCUCUUAGAUGAAUACGAUGUGGUUAAUAUGGCGAUGUCCAUCUAAUAGUUGGAUGUAAAGUCAACAUAAGCUGUCUGUGUAACCCAUGUGUUAGAGAGCUUUAAGUGACCAAAGUUUUGAUGCUCGGUGUGCAACAGGCUUUGGGUGAGCCCACUAUCCAAUGGUUUGCCGGGCUGCCCAUCCACAUGAUCUGCCUAAACGCCAUGCCUAAACGCCAUGCCUAGUAACAUUCCUUCUUCACGAUGAGUCUAGAUUUUGCUUUCUUUCCGUUUUUCUCCAUUUGGGAAAACUAAAUUAUUUUGAUUGACUUUAUUGGUUGCAGAAACCAGUAGCAGAAACCAGUAGGUUAUCACAUCCGCAUAAAUUACUUCUAAGAGGUUCGGACUAUGUAUUGAUUGUUAUAGCAGUGUGAGUAGUCAGGCAAAGUACAUAUAGCCUCCAUAAACAAAAUGUCGGUUGUUGUAAACCCUGUGCGUUGGAGUGGCAAUGAAAUGGUCAGUAAAGAAAAUAAGUACACUACCUAUUCAAACGGAAGCUUAUAACACGACGUUGUCACUGGUUCUGAACGUGGUAAUAGUUUUCUUUUUUUUACAGUUUCUGUUAUUGUACAUAUAUUUGUUGUUGUUUAUGUAAGUAAUUAUUACUAAGCAGAUAUUAUGUUGCAUUUGUGUGCAUAACACUACACUAUUGAUUCUUGGAGAACGUUUGUAGUUUUGUUUUGUUGAUUUAAUAGGGUUAUUUUUGCAACCCUUGUUACUUUAACAGGAAUCUGAGAAGUUGUUACUAUUUGAUUACCUACUAACCCAUUAAGACACUAGACACAUGGAUGUGUCCUAAUCCUAACCCCCCCCCACACACACACACACAGCAUUUUAAAUGUUAUAGUUUGGGUUUUGAUAAUGAGGCCCUUUUCUGUAGUCGGACUUUACUUAUUUUUAUCUAACUACGCCCUUUUGUAAGCCAAAACUGACUAGCAUUACUGCAAUGACUACAAGUUCACAGUAAUUGUGCUAAUGCUGUUGUAACUUUCUUCAAACUGCACGCAGAUGCAUAAACUUAGUUUCCACAAGUUCAUCAGACUCUGAAAUUAAGGGUCACUUUGCCAAAAACCUAAACUCUAACAACAAACUCCAUUCUCCAGACUAAAGGCAUAAUAUAAUAAACACACACACAUACACACACACACACAAAGAUUCGCACACAGCUCUUUAAGAUGGUUACCCUGCUCGACAGAACUGUGACAAUAGCUGUGAUAGUUAUUUAAAAAAUAUCAUGUUAUUUAUUAUAAUGAUCAUGUUUAAAUCAUGAUAUUAUGUACUAUAUUGAUCAUGUUAAUGAUGCCGAUUAUCAAGAACCUGGCUGAUGCUAUUUUCAGAGUUUGUUUACACACAAUAAAGACAUGACGUAAGAAAAUCCAAAGUUGUCUUUUUCUUAACCAAAUGCUUUCUCUUCACACAUGUAUCCAACCCAAUUGCAACGAUUCCCCAAUGGGGUUGUAGCAAGUCUUCACCCAAGUAAUCUCAUUUUACAAGUAAAACAUCCAUGCAACAUCAAUCAGUUUAGUGGGGAUUUGCUUUUAGAUCCUUAUUUAGUGAACACAUUUUACAGCUGGUGGUGUUGAAUUGUUGGAUAAACUACAAGUGUGUUUUGCUUACUGGCAUGUGCUGUUGAGUUUUGGCCACAUAAAGGAUAAAUGUGCUGGAUUUACAGGAACUUGGUACUAUGCUAUUGGGUUCUGUUACGUAAUUCUGUUAUGUGCUGUUAGGGUCUGAAUGCUAAUCAUUGUGUUCCAGCAGACAUUUAAUUCAACCCAUGCUUAAAAGACAUUUUGAAAAUGAAAUUUUAUAAUUUGGGGAAAUCUGUGUAUUUUCCAAGAUGCAAGUGUAUGCCAUGCAUUAUAAUAAAUUUUACCUCCAACUU